UACAUUUUCCAUCUACCCCACAGAAAGCUUUAGGAAAAUGUGUAUUUGUGGGGGAGGAAGGGUGGUGGUUAGAAUUACCUAGCCUCAGGCAUUUCAACCUUGCUCUCUCUUUGUCAUUCGCAUCUCCCAGUCAGGCUGAAUUAUCAGGGUCCUGGAAAAAAAUUUCAAAAAGGGUUUGGCUACUCCCUAGGGGCAUCAGUUGUCCACAGCAUUGCCAAGGGUAUGAAAGAGUGGAGGGAGCUUGCUUUCAUCUAUUGUGGAGGAAAGGAAAACCUGGAAGAGAGCUAGAGAACUUUCUAGUGCUCCAAGUCAGGAAGACCAGGGAGGGCCCCUCCAGGUGAAGGGCAAGGGAGGGACUGAUUUACUGCUGUUGCAUUUUCUCCUGUAGGCAUUGGGGGAAUAAUUAGUAGGGAGUGUUUAGUGACACACGAGGCAGAAAACAAUCUAGGCCACACUGACGAAGGCCUAAAUGGAGAAGACUUCAUCUGGGAGAGAUUUCAAAGUGUGAUGGAUGUGAGGGGUGAGGAAAUAUUCAGUGACAGGAGUGAAUAGCAACCUGAGAUGGCCCAGAACCUUCCCGUUCACCUCCCCAUCCUCACUUGAACCCAAGCACCUCUCAGCUGGAUGCACAGCUUCUCCUCUCCACCAGCAUGCUCCAAGCUGGGCCCCCCCAACCUCCAACUGGUUGCUCCCACUUCAGCUCAUGGAGCCCAAAGUGUUCCCCCUGGAGUCACCCAACUCCUCUUCAAAAGUACAUCAGAACUUGUUGCCCCCAUUCUCUGUCUCUCUAGGGUCCUCUGAAGCCUUGUUUCACUUUACCCCAUUGCCCUCCACUACAGUCUUCUUUCAGUACUUCAGCCAUGCCUCAAACCCCAUACCCUCCUGCUGUGCUCUGUUCCCUGUGGCUAGAACAUUCACUCCGGAUAGACAGGCCACCUUCACCUGCCAGUUCAUCCUUCAGGUGUCAGCUGAACUUCAUUUCCUCUAGGAUCCUUCUCUGACUCCUGUGCUAUGGUCUCCAAGGUCCUGUCUCCUUUGUAGGGCCCACCACAUGUGUACAAGUUAUUACGACUUGAUCUCUUUUCCCUGCUACACUGUAGGUACUCAUGGGAUAGGAAUGGAAUGAUGUUCCACUCACGCAUACCCAUAGCCUGAAGAUAUGGGCCCAAAUGGACCAUCUGAAUACAAGUUCCUGGCUCAGUUGAUGGUGUUCCUCAUCAGCUUCAUAAGCUCUGUGUUCUGUGGCCACCUGGGGAAGCUGGAGUUGGAUGCUGUCACACUUGCCAUUGCAGUUAUCAAUGUCACUGGUAUCUCUGUGGGAUUUGGCUUAUCUUCUGCUUGUGACACCCUCAUCUCCCAGACAUUCGGGAGCCGGAACCUGAAGCAUGUGGGGGUCAUCCUGCAAAAGGGUGUGCUCGUGCUGCUUCUGUGCUGCUUUCCCUGCUGGGCGCUUUUCCUCAACACCCAGCAGAUCCUGUUGCUCUUCAAGCAGGACCCGGAUGUGUCCAGGCUUACCCAGACCUAUGUCAUGAUCUUCAUUCCUGCUCUUCCUGCAACCUUUCUUUAUACAUUACAAGUUAAAUAUUUGCUCAACCAGGGAAUCAUACUGCCCCAGAUCAUCACUGGAGUUGCAGCCAACCUUGUCAACGCUCUCACCAACUAUGUGUUUCUCCAUCAACUGCAUCUCGGGGUGAUGGGCUCAGCACUGGCAAAUACCAUUUCUCAGUUCGUCCUGGCCCUGCUCCUCUUUCUCUUCAUCCUCUGGAGAAAACUGCAUGUAGCAACCUGGGGAGGGUGGUCCUUCGAGUGUCUGCAGGACUGGGCCUCCUUUCUCCGCCUCGCCAUCCCCAGCAUGCUCAUGCUGUGCAUUGAGUGGUGGGCCUAUGAGAUCGGGAGUUUCCUGAGCGGUAUCCUUGGCAUGGUGGAGCUGGGAGCCCAGUCUGUGGUGUACGAACUGGCUGUCAUUGUCUACAUGAUACCCACAGGCUUCAGUGUGGCUGCCAGCGUCCGGGUGGGGAAUGCGUUGGGCGCUGGAAACAUUGAGCAGGCCAAGAGGUCCUCAGCUGUCGCCCUGGUGAUCACAGAAGUCUUUGCUGUAACCUUAUGUGUCCUGCUGUUAAGCUGUAAGGAUCUCGUGGGGUAUAUUUUCACCACUGAGCGAGAAAUAAUUGCUCUAGUGGCUCAGGUGGUUCCAAUUUAUGCCAUUUCCCACCUCUUCGAAGGUCUUGCUUGUACAAGUGGUGGGAUUCUGAGGGGAAGUGGAAACCAGAAGGUUGGAGCCAUCGUUAAUGCCCUUGGGUAUUACAUCAUCGGCCUCCCGAUUGGAAUAUCACUGAUGUUUGCUGCCAAACUGGGCGUGAUUGGUCUGUGGGCAGGAAUUAUCAUCUGUACCAUCUCUCAAGCUGUGUGUUUUCUAGGCUUCAUUGCUCGACUAAACUGGAAAAAGGCCUGUCAAGAGGCUCAGGUACAUGCCAAUUUGAAAGUCAACAAGGAUGGCACUUCUCCUCUCUCUCAGGACCUCCUUUACCCAGCAGCCCCAGAAAGCCAUGGAGAAAUUUUAAUGACAGAUGUGGAAAAAAAAGAUGAGACUCAGUGGGAUCAGCAGAUGCACCAAGAAGAACAUCUUGUGAAUAUCCAGCCAAGGGAUUCAGCUAAGUUGUCCAGGAGACAGCUGUUGCUGCAACGAGGACUCCUGUUCCUGGGGUUCAUUUUACUGUUACUGGUGGGGAUUUUAGUGCGAGUAUAUGUCAGAAUUCAGUGAUGUGGCAAGAGAGAGAUAGGGUCAGAUCAGGCAGGCUUACAAGCAAAUCAUUCAUAGGUCCAGUGGUGGCAAUUUGUUUUUAGUUAAUGUAAUUCAGCCAUGCCCAUGGAUUUCAAGAACUGAGAGUUCAAAGAUAAACUUUUGAAUGAAGAAAAGGAACUACAUGUGCUUGUUCAAGACAAUAUCUGAAAGUAUACAUUUGAGUGAUCAUCCAUCCAUCCAUCACUUCUCAACCAAGGACCACUGUGUACUGAUGCAUUCAUCUUUCUGCAUUGAUAUUUCUUCUAUAUACUGUUUUUUUUAGACACAAACCCAUAUAAUGAGUACAGAAGGAUUCUUACUGUCUGAAUUAUUUAAA